UUCAAGGCGGUUUGUAUCGCGGCCUACCGCGAAACGCGAAAAUCGAAAUUUCCUUAUCUGGCUUCUUUAUCGCUCGAAUACGCAAGGCAGAUAACGAAAUUUCGUGUUUCGUGGUAAACCCUCAGAAUGUGUUAGUGGCGCCCUCUACGCAGAGUUUUACGUAAUAUCCCCUAUUAGGUAACUUAACCUAACCUCCAUUGUGUAAAAACUGCUAUGCUGAUUCCAAAGACAUCGUUUUACAUGACAAUAAUGACUUCUGUCAUGUCCAGCUAAAUGUAAAUGUUCUAUAAUUCUUAGGUUUCGUUCGAUCAGUAAGUGUGAACCAAAAUAUAAGAAUUGGCGAUAUUUCCCUGUAUCUAGAUAUUCUACUAACCACCAAGAUGCUACAAAGCAAGUAUUUUAUGAAGACCUUCCUAGUGCUGGCCUUAUUUUCCAUCAGCUACACCGUAACCAGCCUCUACGUAUUGUACUCUCAAAACAAGACCGUUUUACCCGCCUUCUUCUACACCAAAGACUCCAUACCAGAGUAUAUUGCAUGCUCUCAUCCAAAGACAGGCAACUAUUUAAACCUGAUCGACGCCAAUCCAAAGCUGGCAAACUCCGCAAUAUUCUUUCACCAAACAGCUUGUGUUAACUAUUUGCGAUAUCGCGAUGCGUGCUCAAUCGAAUCCGCAGCUAAAGCUCACCCUGAAAAACAAGUUUAUGUAAUAUUUGCUAGUUCACUUACAGAAAGUGAUUGCAAGAGUGGUGUUAUAGCAGAGCUCGCUACGUUACCAAACGUACAUUACUACAGAAUGGAUUUAAAAACGUACGCUCUGAACACGCCGCUAGAAAAUGUAUCUCUUAUUCGUCUGAUUUGGCUUGGCAAAUGGAACAAUAAAAAAACUAGGGAGUUGAUUAAGGUUUUAACAUUGUAUAAGUUCGGUGGGAUAGUUAUAGACCUGGAUGUGAUGGUGGUGGGGAAUUUGGACAAGUUGGGAGAUGCGUGGGCGACGACGGACGGCGAUAGCUUCGGAUCGGCUAUUAUUUCUGUGACUCGCGGUCUGUCGGGGAUGUAUUAUUCGAGGUAUUUUUUUAGGUGAGUUUGUUUUAAGUACAUAUAUUUGUUUAAUCGCCCGCGCAGAAGUCGGUAAAAACUUAAUAUAUUACCUAGUAUACAUAUCCUUUAUUAAUAACACUUAAAAGCUAGCCCCAUGAACAGUCAGCAAACCUAUUAGCUUGGCACCCCUGCAUACACAUGUGUAUGCAAAUAGUUUUGCUGACUGUACUAUCGUAACUAUAUGAUAUCAAAGAGAAUUGAUUGUAAUAGAGACACCUAAGAAAAAACCUGCCACUAAGUUUGACAUCCAAAACAGAUGGCGCUGUA